AUCAAUUGUGUACACAAUGAAAUGAAAUAAAAAUUAUAAGGAGUUCCUUUUGCAAAAAGUUUAGUCAGUGCAUGUUAAACUUAGAACCAAAACAUAAAUUUCAAGCCCCACUAGUCAAAAAUAAUAGAUUUAAAAGUUUUAUAUGUUUUUUUUUUUAUAUACUCGAAUAUUAGCAGCUGCUUAGAUUAUUUUCAGUAGUUAAUAUAUGUGUGAUGACGAAGGCAGAGGGCGAGAACAUGUAUCUUGAAAUCGCUUUUGGAAAAUCGAUAUUUUGAUAUUUUUGUGGCUAUUGCUGCAGCAUAGAAGAAAUUUGCACUGUAUUGUAGCAUACACAGAUGGUACUUAAUGAAAUUGGAUCAAAGUGCAUCGGUGUUGGAAAGUCAUGCCUUUUACUUCAGUUCACCGACAAACGUUUCCAACCCGUGCACGAUUUGACGAUUGGUGUGGAAUUCGGGGCACGCAUGAUUACAAUUGACGGCAAACAAAUCAAAUUACAAAUCUGGGACACAGCUGGCCAGGAAGCGUUUAGAUCAAUUACUCGUUCAUAUUACCGUGGAGCAGCCGGAGCUUUAUUGGUGUAUGACAUCACACGUCGUGAAACUUUUAAUCAUUUGACUACAUGGCUGGAGGAUGCGCGCCAACAUUCGAACUCAAAUAUGGUCAUUAUGCUGAUUGGCAACAAGAGUGAUUUGGAUUCGCGACGUGAAGUUAAGAAGGAGGAGGGUGAAGCAUUUGCACGCGAACAUGGUCUAGUAUUUAUGGAAACGUCAGCUCGUACAGCUGCCAAUGUAGAGGAAGCGUUUAUUAAUACCGCGAAAGAGAUUUACGAGAAAAUACAAGAAGGUGUUUUCGAUAUAAACAAUGAGGCAAAUGGCAUUAAGAUUGGACAACAGCAUUCCCCAACGAAUCCCUCACUGCCGGGUGCUGGCAAUCAAGCUGGAUCGGCUAGUAGCGGCUGCUGUUAAGUGGCACUUCACAGCUGCGGCUGAAGUUAGUGAUUUUUUCUAACAUAUAAAAAACAAAUAACUAUUAACUAGAUGUUUUCCUUACUUCAGAAGUUUAUUAUAUUUUUGUUUACUUUUAUUUAGUUUGUUUUUUUAUUUUAAAUCAACUAAAAGUGAAGUGUGUGUAACGGAAAACCGGCAUUUCAAAUUAUUCUUAUAAUAUAAGAUAUGAACGAAUCUAAAAAACAUAUAUGCAUAUAUCAGUAGAUCAACAGCACGCAAAUAGAAAAUCAAAACCAAAUAAAGUCUUUAAAAUUUA